ACCCCUUUUUCUCCGCUCUGCCUUUCCCAGCCGGGAGCGACUGCCAACAGGACCCUCGGUGACCCAUCUCCUUCUUCCCCUCGCUUUGCUGGCUCCCGACUCGCCAUGGACCCCAACGCCAUCAAGGAGGAGCUGCGGCUGUUUCAGAGCACCCUGCUCCAGGACGGCCUGAAGGAGCUGCUGAACGAGAACAAGUUUGUGGACUGCACCCUGAAGGUGGGGGACCGCUGCUUCCCCUGCCACCGGCUCAUCAUGGCGGCCUGCAGCCCCUACUUCAGGGAAAUCUUCUUCACGGAAGACGGGAAGGAGGUGGAGAACACCAAGGAGGUCGUUUUGGAGGACGUCAACCCCUCCAUCCUGGACAUGAUCAUCCAGUACCUCUACUCCGCCGAGAUCGACCUGACGGACGACAACGUUCAGGACAUCAUCGCGGUGGCCAACCGCUUCCAGAUCCCCUCCGUCUUCACGGUCUGCGUCAACUACCUCCAGAAGAAGCUGUCUUUGGGGAACUGCAUGGCCAUCUUCAGGAUGGGCCUGGUCCUGGGCUGCCCCCGGCUCGCCGUCUCCGCCCGCAACUACAUUGCCGACCGCUUCGAGUUCCUCCACAAGGAAGAGGAGUUCCUCAAGCUCGCCGCUCACGAGAUGUUCGCCAUCGUCGGAGGGGACUCGCUCAACGUGGAGAAAGAGGAGAUGGUGUUCGAGGCCGUCAUGGCCUGGGUCCGCCACGACCGAGAGAAGCGCGUCAAGUUCCUGAAGGACGCCUUCGACUGCAUCCGCUUCCGCCUGCUGCCGGAGAAGUACUUCAAGGAAAAAGUGGAGACGGACGACAUCAUCAAGGCCGACCCCGAACUGCAGAAGACCAUCCAGGUCAUCAGAGACGCCUUCAAGGGGAAACUUCCGGAAAAACCUAAGAAGAAGGAGGGAGAGGAGGGGGCCAGCAAGGAAGGAGGCGAGGACGAAGAGAGUCCGUUCCCCGGCUUCCUGAACGACACCCGCAGACACGGCAUGCACGCGCGAGACUUUAUCCUGAUGAUCAACGACACGGCGGCCGUGGCGUACGACGUCGGCGAGAACGAGUGCUUCCUGGCCGCCAUGUCCGAGCAGGUGCCGCGUAACCACGUCAGCCUGGUGUCGCAGAAGAACCAGCUGUACAUCAUCGGAGGACUCUUCAUGGACGAGGAGAACAAGGACGCGCCUUUGCAGUGCUACUUCUACUUGUUUGAUCCUCUGUCGGCGGACUGGAUGGCGCUGCCGCCUAUGCCCUCUCCCAGAUGUCUUUUCAACAUCGGGGAAAGUGACACCCUGAUGUUUGCGGUGGCUGGAAAGGACCUCCAGACAAACGAGUCGCUGGACUCUGUGAUGUGUUACGACACAGAGAAGAUGAAGUGGAGUGAGACCAAAAAGCUUCCCCUGAAGAUUCACGGUCACGCCGUGGUUUCCCACAAAGGCCUGGUGUACUGCAUCGGAGGAAAGACCGACGACAACAAAGCCCUCAACAAAAUGUUUGUGUACAACCACAAGCAGUCAGAGUGGAGGGAGAUGGCCGCCAUGAAGACACCCAGAGCCAUGUUCGGAGCCACCAUCCACAAGGGGAAAAUCGUGGUCGCUGGGGGCGUCAAUGAGGAGGGCCUCACUGCCGCCUGCGAGACCUUCGACUUUGCAACCAACAAGUGGGAGCCGUUCACCGAGUUUCCUCAAGAGAGGAGUUCCAUCAACCUGGUGAGCACUGGCGGCUGCCUGUACGCCGUGGGAGGCUUCGCCAUGGUCCAGAUGGAGGACAAGGAGGUGGCUCCCACAGAGGUCACCGACGUCUGGCAGUACGAGGAGGAUAAGAAACAGUGGAGUGGCAUGUUGAGGGAGAUGCGCUACGCCGCCGGCUCUUCCUGCACCUCUAUGCGCCUGAACGCCGCCAGGAUGCCUAAACUGUAAACACAAGCGCGUGCUUUCUGCCGUCCGUCUGUCCGUCAACACGUCCGUCUCUCUUCCGCUUUGAAUCUGCGGGAGAAAAGUAGGAGUCAGUUUGGACUGACGUCCACAUCUCUGUUUACAUCGUUUCUAGGUCAUGUUUUGUAAAAAAUAAACAUUUAAACUGUUUUUUUUUUUUCAAAAGCAAA